GCAUCGCAUCGCAUCGCAUCGCAUGCCACCCUCCACCACCGGGCGGACAUCUUACCUACUAGAACAUCGCGCUCGCCAGGCCGCAUAAAAACUUCUCCCGUCCCUGUGUUCUUCGCCAUGGAAGAACGAAAAUCGACUCCGGGAACGCCGACUAGUCCUACCCAUGGCUGUGGCACUCCCGCAUGCUCUGCGCUGGGCGACGCUCUGUCAAAGAAGCCCGUGAGGCGCGAUUCCUUUGACCGCGAAUUCCCACAAUUCGAUAGCACUCCGCGGCGCUUCUCGACUGGCGCUUCGAGACUACCGCCGCCCUCGCCGCAGGUAUUUGCUACGCAGACCGUAGCAGACGAAAAGAUGCCAGACGAGAAGCGCUCGAGAACGCCGGAAGAUAUCAAGGACGCCAUGGCGAGGUUCAGCAUGUGCUCAGAUACACCUUCGAUGGCACGCUUGGCCGCUUUGACAAGUCCAUGUUUUUUCCACAAGCGAUUCGGAGACGCGGUGAAUAUGGAAAAGGUGCUGGAGGAAGUCAGAGGGGACGACGAGCUGUCGCAUUCUCGUCUCAUGCAGACGGCGGCGAGCGUGCGCGAGGUGUCGAGACAACUUCAAAGACGACCGUUGAAACGGGCAGUGCGUAAUGUCAUGAUUGUCACGAAGGCGAGGGACAACACUCUGGUCGCGCUCACGAGAGAGCUGGCAGAGUUCUUACUGGCGACGCCGCGAUAUGGAAAGGACGUUGGCGUCAAUGUGUGGAUCGACUCCAAGCUUCGCCGGUCGAAGCGUUUUGAUCUCGAGUCUCUGCUUGCACAAGACCAACGAUUCGAGGAAAUGGUACACUUCUGGACACCAUCCGUCUGUCUGGAGAAGCCAGAGCUCUUCGACUUGGUCCUGACGCUAGGUGGUGACGGCACCGUUCUCUAUACAUCUUGGCUAUUUCAACGCAUCGUACCGCCUGUACUCGCAUUUUCACUGGGUUCAUUAGGUUUUCUGACCAAUUUUGAUUUCAAAAACUACAAAGACCAGCUGAAUCGUUCAGUAAUGGGGCAAGAGGGCAUGAGAGUAAACUUGAGAAUGCGGUUCACAUGCACGGUAUACAGAUCUGCCGCAUCGUCUGCCCUGCCAUCGUCCGGUGCAUCGACAACGAGCGUUUCAACGGCCGCCAGUGCAGACGGUUAUGGUGGUGGCAGCGCAGCUGAAGGGGGACCACAAUCAGCUAAAAUCGAGGGGGAGACGCAUGAAGUACUGAACGAGCUGGUUAUUGACCGCGGUCCAAGUUCCUACAUUUCCAGCUUGGAUUUGUACGCGAACGACAGUCUGCUCACUAGGAUCAGUGCAGAUGGCAUCAUUCUCAGCACACCUACUGGCAGCACCGCAUACUCGUUGAGCGCCGGCGGCAGUUUGGUACAUCCCGAUAUACCGGCCAUUUUGUUGACGCCCAUCUGUCCUCAUACAUUGUCAUUCAGACCGAUGCUAUUAAAUGACGACAUGGCUCUCAAGGUCGCCAUACCUUCGACGGGCAGAGGUGGUGCUUUCGUGUCGUUUGAUGGCAAGGGCCGAGUGGAACUCGGCCGUGGCGAUGAAGUUGUUGUGCGCGCUUCGCAGUAUCCAUUUCCCACUGUAAUGGGUCAACCCCUAGAGUGGUUCGAUAGCAUUUCGAGGACGCUUCGCUGGAAUACUCGAGCUGCUGAGCAGAAAGGAUGGACUGGUGAAGAGGAAGUGGACGGCGUGGAGGAGAAGGGUGGUGUGCGUGAGCCUGAAUUCGAUAUAGACUUUGAUGAAGACGACGAUGAGACAGUCUCUGCCAAAGAUUCAGGCUAUGGAAAUUCCGAGGCAGGGAGAACUGCUGAUCAUAAGGGGGGAUCUGAGAAGCGGUGGAGCUAAUACUUGGUGGCCCAAGUAGCUAUUGAAACCUCGAUCAGAGUGGGAUAGGCAAUGCGCAUAGCUAGCCGCAUUGUUCUUGGGCAAUAGAUAUCAAGAGGGAUGAUCUUUAGAGCUGUCGAGUUUCUCUCGAAGUAGAUAUCUCGCUGCAAGUGCUU